AUGCCUCGAGUACCAACAAUCCGACAAGUCAUCCCCGACGCCGGCGUCAACAUCGUCCUCAAAGCCGACCAACCCACCGGCCGCACCGUAUCCGGUUACAUCCAGGAUGUUCUCACCAAAGGAAACCACCCCCGCGGCAUCAAAGUCCGGCUCACCGAUGGCCGAGUCGGACGAGUGCAGUCCAUGAACAGCAACCCCGACAGUGGAAGCGCCGACAUGGAAUCCUUCAAUGCCACUUUUGACUCUCCGACACGUCAACCUCAUCACCGUGGAGGAUCGCGUCCAGACCGAUAUGGAGCCGGACAUCCCCAACCUCCACCGACGCAGCAGUUCGGUCUGGAUGCGUAUAUCAAGCCGGCCAAGACGAAGAGGGGAGGAGGGCAUGGAGGAGGAUUCGGUCACGGUCAAGGUCAUAGGCAAGGGGGUUCUACCACCUUAUCCGAUCCUCUGCCGUCUACUGUUGAUGCGGAACCGGAGGAGGAAUCGGUGUGCCCGGUGUGUGCGGAUUUCCGGGGCGAUGCUCCAGCUGUGGCUCAUCAUGUUGCUGCCCACUUUGGUGAAUAA